CGAUGCCCGCGUCCCCCCGCGCGGCGGCGGCGGCGGCGGCGUCCGACGACGCCGCCGCCGGCGUCGCUCUCCCCUGCCACCCCGGCGUCUUCCUCGCCGUCGUCGUCGCGCUCGUCUCCGUCGCCGUGUCGUGGCUCGACCUCGCGCGCGAGACGACGCUAGGGAUCGACCUCGGCACGACCCACAGCGUCGCCGCGACGUGCGACAAGGGCGUCGUCUCCGUCGUGCGCGUCGACGGCGGCGUGCGCGCGGACGGGGGGUGGGACGACGGCGACGACGACGACGGUUUCGGCGGUUUCGGCGGCGGGCUGACGCUGCCGAGCGUCGUGCGGUUCGAGAGGAGGAGGAGGAGGAGGAGGAGGAAGGACGACGACGACGACGACGACGAUGACUCGUACGACGUCGUCGCCAUCGGCGCGCCCGCCGCGCGCGCGAGGGCCGUCGCGCCGUCUCGCGUCGUGUACGACGCGAAGCGCGUCAUCGGGCGCGCGUGGGCCGACCCGGUCGUGAGGGAGGAGGCGGACGCGAUGCCGUUUCGCGUCGUGAAGCGGCGCGGGAACGGCGACGACCUCGACGAUCUCGACGACGGCGUCGCGUUCGCGCUGACGGACGAAGACGACGACGACGAAUUUCUCGAAGACGUCUUCGCGAUCGUCUCCCCCGAGGAGGUCUCCGCGCGCGUGCUGCGGCAUCUGAAGCGCGCGGCGGAGGCGUCGAUGUCGCGCGCGCGGCGCGCGUUGGGGUUCAAGUUCGCCUCCGCGACGAUCUCCGUUCCCGUGGAGUUCGGAGCCGCGCAGAGGGCGGCGACGAUUCGAGCAGCGGAACGCGCCGGGUUCGCUUCGACGCGGCUGAUCGAGGAGCCCGUCGCCGCGGCGAUCGCGCACGGCCUCGACGCGAGGUAUAAUAACAACAACGCCUCUUCGUCGGACGUUACUUCUUCUUCCGGUGACUCCCGCCUCGUCGUCGUGUACGACUUGGGAGGCGGCACCCUCGACGUCGCGGUGCUGCGGCUGGACCCGGAGACGCGGACGUUUCUCGUGAUGGGUACCGCGGGGGAUCCGCGGUUGGGCGGGGAGGACUUCGACCGCGCGUUGUUAACGCUCGUGGAGGGGCGGUUAUCCAGGAUAUCGAUAGCGAGCAGCGGUGCGGGGAUGCGCGAGCGCGCGAUGCGGGAGGUGGAGCGCGCGAAACGCGCGAUCGGGAGCGGUUACGGCGGGAGAAGAAGAAGCGCCGCGACGAUGCGCUUUUGCGGCGGCGGCGGCGGCGCGGGACCGGCGCCCGCGACCUCGGUGUCCCUGCUUCUGGACGACGACGCGAGCGGCAGUAGUAGCGGCGGCGGCGACGACCAUCUUCUCUGCGAGGACGUGGUUCUGUCCGGUGAUGAUAUAACGCUCGCGUCCGAGGCGUUACUUUCCCGCGCGACGACGCCCGUCCGCGACGCGUUACGCCGCGCCGGCGAGGUAUCCCCCGCGGAGGUCGACGACGUCGUCCUCGUCGGCGGCGGCACGAGACUGCUCGCCGUGCGCGAGCGGCUCGGCGAGGUGUUCGAGGGGAGGGAGUUGAGGGACGGCGUCGAUCCCGCGCUGGCGAUCGCGAUAGGCGCGGCGCGGUCGUACGCGUGUUAGCGCGCGCAGACGGGUGAAGAUAGAUUUCUAACGCGGUACUUCCGUACUUUUU